UACAUUAAUUUAAUUUAAUAUAUUGUAAAACAAAACAAUAUUUAACUUAAAACAAAUGAUUCAAAUUCUUGUUUUAACUCUAACUAUAUCUUUGGCCACAGCCAGUCUACAGGAAGACCAUCAGUUCAUACAAUGCGCUAAACAACGGGUUAACGCACUCAAGGGGUUGUCCGACGAGCAACUGAUUGAACGGACUCAACAAAAUCUUGUCGAUGCCUCACAAUUAGUGGCCAAACGAGCCUCAGCUGCCAAAGCACAAGGAUUGGUAUGUUAUGAUACCUUCAACAAUGAUUACGGAAAGUCAGUUAUGGCUAUUAUGGGACCGACUGGUGAACAAAAACUGUUGAGUAAUGCCCGAAACCAACGGGAAAAAUCGUCGGCAACUAAACAGAUCGCAACAAUGACUGAGUAUAUUAUGUUGAACUUAUGCCAAUCAUAUUAA